UUAUAUCUAUACUUUGUUACAGUUCUUUAUGAUCAUUCAUAUUGCAUUCCAAAGAAGUCAAAUCCAGUUGAACGAGUUCCCCUUACAACUACAACCAAACAACUAAAUUCAACAUGUUUGGGAGCUGUGGAUAUACCAGAUUCUGGUAUUUCUGCGAAAACAACUUUUGAACCUCUUCCUUCUACUUCCAAUGCACCAGAACAUUUAUGACCUAUAAACCCAUUACUCAUGAUGAUAAAAACAUUUGCCAUCAAGAUGCACAGGCAGAAAUAUUAGUCCACAGUUAUAAAAGACCUAAGAAAAACAUUGAAAUGAAAGACACUUCAUCAACAUUUACAAUUAAAGAGAAGAGGCUUUGGCGACAGUUACAAAAUGCAAAAAAAACAAUAAGGAAUAUAGCGAAGGUAGUUGCAGAAGAACACAACAGAAAUUUUUUAAAUAUUAAAAAACUGAAUAGUACCAUUGUAAAUCCAACAUUCAAAACUAAGAUGAGGGUGAAGUAUGCUGCGCAUGCUCUGAGUAAUACCGUGGCAGCUAUUUUAAAAAUGAUGGCAUGGAAAGAAGUUUCUGAUUGCAAUGAUACAGCAUUUGUGAUUGAACAGUUAGAUAAACUAUUUGAUUGUACAAAUGGUCCAUCAUCUUUAAAUGACGUAAAGAAAGGGAUCCGGGAAAAUGUUUCCACAUCAAGUAAUCACAUUGAGUCUUGGACCUUUUAUACUGAUAAGUUAAAAACCAUAAAAUUUAUAACAGCAGAAAACACGAUACUAAAAAAUGUUAAAUGCGUAAAGGGAUAUCAAAUAUCUAUCAAAUCCUUAAACGAUAUUUGGGAAAAGUUAAAGAAUGAAGGGUUUAAAUAUAUGAACCUUAGACAGUUUAACCAAGACUCUCUGGAAAACUUAUUUGGAAUCAUUAGGCAACACAGUGUAACCAAUAGAAAUCCCACUAUCACGCACUUUACUGCAGCGCUUAAAACAAGCAUGGUUACUGGGCUGAAAGUGCCUCAUAGCAGAAGUGCUAAUUGUGAAGCAGACAACAAUAAACAUAUGCUGGAAUAUAAAGACAUUUUAAAAACUAAUUUAAAAACAACAGAAAUAAAAAUUAAUGUUCAAGAUUCCACAGACACUGAAUUUUAUCCUGUGUUGUCUAUCCCGGACCCUGAAAACUUAGAACAGCCCAUUGAAAAUUUGUGUAGCCUUGAAAACCAACCAGUAGUAUAUGUAAGCGGGUAUUUAGCUGCCAAACUAUUACAGAACAGUUCUUGUUUAAUUUGUGAAGAGUGUUUGAGCGUGAAAACUCCUGUUGACAAUGAUUUGUAUGCAUAUAUAUCUCUUCGCGAAUGGUGGCAUGAUAAAAAAAGUCUCGUUUAUCCAACAAUUCAAUUAUGUACCACCGUAAAUGAAGCUAAACAAUUUUAUCAUGACCAUAUUGCCGACCAGAUAUAUAUGGAAAAUGUUGGAAAAUUCAUUUUCUUAAUGUUGAGUACAAAUUGUAAUUUUAGUUGGUUUAAAUGUCAACAACAUAAUAAAUAAAUUUAUGAUAAGAUGUUUAAAAUAUUAAGUUACCUUUUUCUAAGAAAAAGUUGUAAAAUCAUUAAUGACAGCUUCAUAAAAAGUGAAAACAAUUUUGCUGACAAAAGUAAAAAAGCACAGCAACAAAGCAUUGAAAAGUAAUCUUAGGGCUGAGGUUCGAUCAGCUGAUAAGAAAAUUAAAGAUGUUUAUAAAUAAAAAUCCUAUUUUUUCUUAGAAAAAGUUGUGAAAAUAAAAGUUUACAAAAUUAUCAUUUCUGUACUUUGUUAUAAUUUUCAAUAAUUCCUCAUGCCUACAACUGCUAUGUCAUGUUCAAUACUUAUUGUA